AUGGUGCGACCCUUCCCAAAUGAGAUCUGGUUGGAUAUCUUCAAAGGCCUGGCCAAGGAGGGCGAGUACGACACGCUGGAACGGUGCCGAGUGGCGUGCAGGGGAUUUCAUCCGAUAGCGAAGGAGUGCCUAAGAGGCUACCUUAGAUUCAAGAGUAUAGAGGAGGUGGAGCACAUCAAGGUGGACGCUUCAGGCGGUGAGAUGCGACGCUGGGGUGGGCCACUACGAGUGUACAUCGAUGGCGGGAACGAUGAAGAUGGGCACCGACCUAUUCCACACCUGGCGACGUUCGCAUCGAGACUCGCCGGGAGAUGGACCUGCAUCAUGGACCUGGUCAUCACUGGCGCGGUGUGCCGGGCACGGGAUCUCGAUCUGGACGCCGUCUUCCGCGAUCUGGCCGCCUUUUCGAUCACCAACCUCUACCUCUACGACGUCAUCUUUCCGUCGAUUUUGACACUUGGCCGUCUCGUCUGUGCCCUCCCAAGCCUCAAAGUGCUCUGUCUCUGGAAUGUGCAAUUCGCCCAGCAUCCCCGUGAUGCAUCCAACAUCUCCCAUUUCCGUCUUCUGCCACGCACGCAGCUAGACACACUCGUCCUGGGCCAUAGGUCCGAUGACUCAGAACUGAGACCCUCCUUCGUUGAAUUGGUCGACCUCAUUGCUGCCAUCGGUAACCGGAGGUGCCCAGUUGCUCCUUUCAAUCUUGUGCAGGCGUCCCCAUGGAGCGCCGUUCGAGCACUGCAACUCGGCAAUGUCAUGUUUCCCUCAACCACAACCUUCGCUCGCCUCCUGUGCGCCCUGCGUUCACUCGAAAGCCUCGAAUUACUCGGAUCAUGCUCAUUUGUGAAACAUGGCUUUGACCUCAGAAGCGUGCCCACGGACCUGGGUUUACCAUCACAGUUGGCAGAUGUCGACUUCGGCCGGCAUUCAGAACCUCGUUCUGUAGCUGCCCUUGUUGACUUCUUCAUCUCUACUGGUCUCACUCACAAGCUCCGGCGUAUCACCUGUUUCAUGUCGCCGAUUCUUUGGGUGACAACAAAGUCCGACGCCGUGCUUGACAGACUCAUCAAAUAUUCAGCACAGUCAUUCCACCAUCGUUCACUCCAGCGUGCGUUAUACGACCCAGAUGAAUGGCCCGUGCUUGAGAAUCACACCCCAUACUUCGACGUGUCUAGUGCUACGUGCCUCGAACACCUUGAUCUCACAGUCCAGUUCAUUCACGACAAUAGAUCGCGUCUGUGCAAUUCGGUGGUCGAUAUUCUGUCACAGGUCGCAUCUGCGCAUAUAUCCAGGAUUCGAGUGUGUUUCUGGCUUCAUCACCUGGGCGCAGAACUCGAUGUAGAGCUGGGAAAGGUGUUGGAUGGGCUCCCACAGUUUGAUGCCAUCUUCUCUCGGCCGAUCUUCAACAAUCUCACCGACGUUCACGUACACAUCAGAACACCUGAUUGGUCGUAUGUGCGGGAUGAAGAAUUAGCGCAUGACCUACGAUUGUGCUUGCCAAUGCUUGAUGCACGCGGUAUUCUACGGUGCGUAUGCUUACGUUUCGUUGACAUUGCAUCUACUCACAGCGUAUCGUCAAGGGACACUAAGUACGCUUGUAAUGGGAUUAAGAGAAUUGCGGCACAGGAUGCUGCGGUGAUCAAUGGAGGGACUUGCAUUGACGGCGACAGUCGUGCGAAUGAUGGUGCCACCCGUGCGGUCCCGCACGACGACUCGCAUGUAGUCUCUCCACUGUCGCAGCACGUCCUAGUGCCAUCAGCUGCCUGUGCUGACACGCAGACAGCUUCCUCGUCUUGUUCAGCAGACGGAGGAGUACCUGCUACACCGGCUAGCAACAAUGAACUCGCACCGCAGGAUGCAAUGGCCGGUUCGGGAAGAUUCUUGGGCGGCAUUGCAUCAGACGAUCGUGCUACUUCCUGCGGGCUUGCCGCUCUCCCGGUUGCCUCCCCUCCCGUCUCGCUGACUAUGUCUCGAAUCAGCACAUCUCAUAUUUCCUCCGACGCACAUACCGCGUUCGUGCCUGCUAUCGCCUUGUCUCUGUUUUUCUCGUCUACCGUCAUGUACGUGAGAUCGCCUUCUCCGCGAUGUCUUUGGCUACGUCCGGUAUUCCAGUUAUCACGGUCUGAGUCAAGCCUGUUCUCGCAUAUACGAUGCUCGCAGCGCAUGGGUUUCAUGAGAGCCCUCGACGACACAUCACCAUGA